CUGCAAUUUUUCGUUUUUUGUUCCUUUACCUUCUCCCAUCCCCCAUCCCCUAGUUUCCCAUCAUACAUCCCCGUACCAUGUUGACGCGCAGGAGCCUACGUGUUGCAGUGUUUGUAAUCGACGUGUGUUGCGGGACAGGUGUUGAUGUCCAAAAGAAGAACAUGCGAGGUUGCCGGCGGCAAUUCGACAGUCGCUUUCUCUUCCUAUUGCCUUGCUCCCUUUUUUCUCUUGUUCUCCUUCCGUCCCUCCAUCUCCGCUAGAGUCCUUCAAGACGGGUUUUCUGCGUCAUGUCGUUGGUCAAUCCGCCCAAAAGCUCAAGAUAUACAAAUUUUGGCCUGCAGCGAGCAAAGUCAUGCUGAAGAGGAGGAUCAUUAUGCUGGUGGAUGCGUUACCUGCCAAUUAAAUCACAAUCUCGGCAUCUCCGCAACACCACACCUCGAUUCUUCCCCGAUGACGUUACCACCUUCCUCAACGAAGACGACGAACCCAACAAACAUCGAAGGAACUCGAUUUUGCGUUGAGACGAUGUAUAUCCUUCCGGCGAGCAGCGUCCUGAAUACCGUGAUAUUAUGAUGGCUUUGCGUGACGAUGGUGGUGGUGGAUGAAUGGGUGUUCAGCUCAGGGUUGCGGGUAUGGAUGAAGAUCGAGGAACAUAAAGGGUACCCUCUCAUUAACUUAGCACAGAUGCAGCGCCGGUAC